CUGGGCGGCCUGCUCCCUCUCUGGAUGUGUCCGCUGCCGCCAUUGUGCGGCGCUGGUCCCCUCAGGGGGUUCUUGCUGCUGCCGGUGCUUUGGACCCUCCCCCUCGCUUCUCACUCUCCUGCCCCAGGAGCCCGGCGGGUCCGGGACUCCCGUCCGUGCCGGUGCAGGCGCCGGCAUGUGGCUGUGGGAGGACCAGGGCGGCCUCCUGGGCCCUUUCUCCUUCCUGCUGCUGGUGCUGCUGCUGGUGACGCGGAGCCCCGUCAAUGCCUGCCUCCUCACAGGCAGCCUCUUCGUUCUGCUGCGCGUCUUCAGCUUUGAGCCGGUGCCCUCUUGCAGGGCCCUGCAGGUGCUCAAGCCCCGGGACCGCAUUUCUGCCAUCGCCCACCGCGGCGGCAGCCACGACGCUCCCGAGAACACGCUGGCGGCCAUUCGGCAGGCAGCUAAGAAUGGAGCAACAGGCGUGGAGUUGGACAUAGAGUUUACUUCUGACGGGAUUCCUGUCUUAAUGCACGAUAACACAGUAGAUAGGACGACUGAUGGGACUGGUCGAUUGUGUGAUUUGACGUUUGAACAAAUUAGGAAGCUGAAUCCUGCAGCAAACCAUAGACUCAGGAAUGAUUUCCCUGAUGAAAAGAUCCCUACCCUGAGGGAAGCCAUUGCAGAGUGCCUAAACCAUAACCUCACAAUCUUCUUUGAUGUCAAAGGCCAUGCAAACAAGGCUACUGAGGCUCUAAAGAAAAUGUAUAUGGAAUUUCCUCAACUGUACAAUAAUAGUAUGGUCUGUUCUUUCUUGCCAGAAGUUAUCUAUAAGAUGAGACAAACAGAUCGGGAUGUAAUAACAGCAUUAACUCACAGACCUUGGAGCCUAAGCCAUACAGGAGAUGGGAAACCACGCUAUGAUACUUUCUGGAAACAUUUUAUAUUUGUUAUGAUGGACAUUUUGCUCGAUUGGAGCAUGCAUAAUAUCUUGUGGUACCUGUGUGGAAUUUCAGCUUUCCUCAUGCAAAAGGAUUUUGUAUCCCCGGCUUACUUGAAGAAGUGGUCAGCUAAAGGAAUCCAGGUUGUUGGUUGGACUGUUAAUACCUUUGAUGAAAAGAGUUACUACGAGUCCCAUCUUGGUUCCAGCUAUAUCACUGACAGCAUGGUGGAAGACUGCGAACCUCACUUCUAGACUUUUACGCUGGGACGAAACGGGUUCAGAAACUGCCAGGGGCCUCAUACAGGGAUAUCAAAAUACCCUUUGUGCUAGCCCAGGCCCUGGGGAAUCAGGUGACUCACACAAAUGCAAUAGUUGGUCAUUGCAUUUUUACCUGAACCAAAGCUAAACCCAGUGUUGCCACCGUGCACCAUGGAAUGCCAGAGUUCAACACUGUUGCUCUUGAAAAUCUGGGUCUGAAAAAACACAACAGCCCCUGCCCUGCCCUAGCUGAGGCACACAGGGAGACCCAGUGAGGAUAAGCACAGACUGAAUUGUACAAUUUGCAGAUGCAGAUGUAAAUGCAUGGGACAUGCAUGAUAACUCAGAGUUGACAUUUUAAAACUUGCCACACUUAUUUCAAAUAUUUGUACUCAGCUAUGUUAACAUGUACUGUAGACAUCAAACUUGUGGCAUUACUAAUAAAAUCAUUAAAAGGAGCACUAAAGGAAAACUGUGUGCCAAGCAUCCUAUCCUAAGGCAUACGGAAUUUGGGGAAGCCACCAUGCAAUCCAGUGAGGCUUCAAUGUGCAGCAACCAAAAUGGUAGGGAGGUCUUGAAACCAAUGAGGGAUUUACAGCAUCUUGAAUAGAGAGCUGCAAACCACCAGGGGGCAGAGUUGCACUUUUCCAGGCUUUUUAGGAAGCUGCAACAGAUGAGAGCAUAGGUAAUUAGAACUGGAAGAAACUUCCAAAAGCAUGUAGGUUUGUCCUCAUUUUACAAAUGAGGAAACUAAACUCUGUGGAAGGGAAGGGGUUGCCUCAAAAGUCACAAUUUAGCUGGGCACAGUGGCUUAUGCUGAUAAUCCCAGCAAUUCAGAAAGCUGAGGCAGGAGGAUUACUUGAGGCCAGACUGGGCAACAUAGCAAGACCCCAUCUCUAAAAAAUUAGGCAUGGUGAUGCAUGCCUGUAUUCCCAGCUACUCAGGAGGUUGAGGUGGGAGGAUCACUUGAGCCCAGAAGUUCAAGGCUGCAAUGAGCCAUGAUUACACCAUGGCACUACAACCUUGGUGACACAGUGAGAACCUGACUCUUAAAAAAAAAAAGAUAACUAGAACUUCUUGUUUACAGUUAGCCAGAAACUAUACAAGUGGUUUAACAUGCAUUAUCUUACUCAAUCCAUACAAAAGUCUUAUGGAGGUGUUAGCACUCUUUCUACUGAUGAAGAACUGAGGUACUUCAUAAAACCACUUACUCAAGGUGUCUUGAGUCUGGUACAAUUGGCAUUCAAAUCUAGGUCAGUCUGCCCCCAGAGCCACUACCCUUACCCCCCACUGAAUCUGCCUUUAUAUUGUUGAGCCCAUGACCCCAACUCUGCUCUUUCCAAUUUGAACUUCCAGGGAUUUUAUUGUGAACUUAAGUAGCAACAUUAAAAUGAAGUUGAAUUUUUUUUUAAUGGC